AUAAAUGUAAAUAAAUUAAAUAUUAGAAAAUAAAUUAGUAACAACACAUACUCAUUAAAUUCCAUUUUCUCAAUAUAAAGGUUCAUAUGCAAUUUAAUAUCCUUAAAUCCCACCUUCUGGUAGUUAAUAUGAAAUAGAAGGGCUUACUCCGCCAUAUGAUAGAACUGUUUAUAGAACAGAACCUUUAACAGAAAAUUGUAUUCAAGAAUAAUAACCAGUUUAUCUAAAUCCAUAACCAGUAUAGCCAGCGAUUCCGGAAGUUGAAUAAACUAUAUAAGAACAAUAAUAAAUAAAUAAUGUUGAAGAAGAUAUACCAUAGACAUAAUAACAACAGAAAGGAAUUCUUAAAUAAAGUUAAUGUUAAAAUAAAAAUAAUUCGUAAGCUACUGUUUUGAAAAAAUAUGCUCAGGAUUCAUAUACAAGAUAAACAAAUCCUUUAUAUUUAUCAUUAUCAAGAUAAUUUUUAUCUGAUAAAAAACAUAAUUUAAAAAAUGAAGUUUAUUAAAAUCCUGUCAAACCAAUUGCUUUAUAGGAUAAUUAUGAUGUAAAUAAUGGAAUUGCAAAUGAAUUAUAUAUGGAUGAAGAUGAAAAUUUCUAAUACGAAGAUUUAUAAAAAGACUACGGGUUAAGGAAUUAAUAUUAAAGUUAUGUUUUAAAUAAUAAUUCUGAACUUUUUUUAAGUGAUAUAAAUGAUAAUAGAAUUAGAUAAACAGCCUUUAAUGAAGUAGAUUAGAAAAUUUUAAGACUUAAAAAUGAAAAACAAAAUAGAGAAAGUUAUGUUAAAAACUUAGAAUAUUAAAUUUAUGUUUUGGAAUAAAAAAUCUCUAAUAAAAGAAUUAUUAAAGAAUAAAUGAAUCAUGAUCAUACAAGAUUAGUAUAAAUAAAUGAUUAAAAAUAUAAACAUGAUAUUAAUAUGAUGACUGAAGAUG